CACUGUUCCAAUCGGUUGUCCCUACACUGUCGCAAUGGACAUCAUCAUCUCAAUCUUCACCUACGGAGCUCUAUUCCUCUUCCUCCUCCAACUAACCAAACACUUCCUGAUCUCCAGCAAAGGCAGCAGAACAAGGAAUCUCCCACCAAGCCCGCCUUCACUUCCCAUCAUCGGCCAUCUACACCAUCUAAAGAAGCCUCUACAUCAAUACUUGGCCCGACUUUCCGCCCAACACGGCCCGAUCCUCCUCCUCCGCUUCGGCGUCCGCCCUGUUCUCGUUGUCUCCUCCGCCGCCCUCGCCGAAGAGUGCCUCACCACCAACGACAUCGCCUUCGCUAAUCGCCCUAUGCUUCCCUCCUUCAAGCUCAGCACCUACAACUACACCAACAUCGCGACGUCCAACUAUGGACCCGGAUGGCGUGAGAUGCGCCGCAUCGCUACGAUCGAGGCACUCUCGGGCCACCGCCUUGCUUUCUUCUCGGACGUUCGGGCCGAUGAGGCCCGAGAUCUGGCCCGACGACUAUUUAGGGAAACUGAGGUUGGGGGUUUCACUAGGGUUGAGAUCAGGUCGCGGCUGUACGGCCUGGCCAUGAACGUUAUGAUGAGGGUGAUGGUGGGGAAGCGUUGCUACGGAGAGGAGAAUGGGGAUGAGGAGGCGCAGCGAUUCAAGAAGAUGGUGGAAGAGGCCUUCGCUGAUGCCGGGGCUUCUAAUGUCGGGGACUUUCUUCCGACGGCGAUUGGGUGGUUUUUAAGGCGGAGUGUGGAGAGAAAACUGGCCCGAAUUCACUCUUACAGGGAUGGGUUCUUGCAGGGUCUUGUGGAUGAGCGGAGGAGGAAGAGGAGGGUGGAGGAGGACGAAGGGAGGAGUGCUAGUAAAACGAUGCUGGAUGCGAUUUUGUCGAUGCAGAAGGAUCAGCCGGAGCAGUACACUGAUACUUUUAUCAAAGCGCUUUUUGUGACUUUGUUGGCGGCCGGCACAGACACCUCAUCAAACACCAUCGAAUGGGCACUGUCUCUCUUGCUAAACAAUCCGGAGAAGCUAGCAUUAGCGAGAAAAGAAAUCGAUGAGAAAGUCGGGCACGACCGAUUAUUCGACGAAUCCGAUCUCACAAACCUCUCCUACCUUCAUUGCAUCAUCAACGAGACGCUUCGGUUGUAUCCCGUCGUCCCUCUCCUCUUACCUCAUCACAGUUUGGAACCAUGCAAGGUUGGAGGCUAUGAUAUAUCCCCCGGAACCAUGCUUAUGGUGAACGCUUAUGUGAUUCAAAGAGAUCCAAACAUUUGGUCCAAACCCACCGAAUUUAUUCCUGAGAGAUUCCAAGAUGCAGAGGCUGAAAGGGGGAAGAUAUUGCCUUUUGGGAUGGGGAGAAGGAAAUGCCCAGGAGAAGGUCUUGCUAUGAGGGAAGUGGGUUUGGUUUUGGGGACGCUGAUUCAGUGUUUUGAGUGGAGAGAAACAGGGCCUGAAGGCUUGGAUUUGAAGGAAGGGGCAGGCAUAACAAUGCCGAAGGCUAACCCGCUGGAAGCCAUGUGUAGGCCACGGGAAGUAAUGGUGAGAGCCUUAUCUCAGCUUUAAAUAAUUUCUACAAGUAGAUGUUGGUAUAUAUAAAUCUUUAAAUAAUUUUGGCUAAAUUUAUAUUUUAGUCACACAUUUCAGUCUUUGAUUGUAUUUUGUUUUAAAAUUA